GGACAGUAUAAGAGCGAUGCCGAUCACAAGGUCUAAUCAGAGCGAGAUACUACUGAACAAAGUUUACUUAUGGCUCAGGGACUGAGAAGGAAAAUGUGCGGUAGGGAGAGCUAUAACAUCCAAAACAGUGCAGUCGUACAUUUCAAGCAUGUCUAUCCUAUAAAUCCAUUUAUGGCACACAUCAUCGAAAUAUUGUCUGGUUGGGUGUACUCGAUCCAUGUCUUUCCGUCUUUUUGUAGUCAACCUUAUCCCACGUUGAAAUUGAAUAAUCAUAUUAUAGGCCCCGAAGUUUUCAAUUUGGGUAUGGCAGCCUGCUCAACACAGUUGUGUUUUGUUUACUGGUCGGUUGAUCGCCAAGUGCAAGUUCAAGUAAACGCUAGUUUGAAUGGCAGAAAUCACCGGCAAGUUAUCCACCACAAGGCCUUUCCAUACGGAGAGGGCUCGUUAGGCCCCCCUGACCCUUGUUCUUGUUGGACGGCCGGUUUCUUUGCCGUUGACACGCUAUCUGCCUGGAGAAGGAGUAUAUCCGCUCCUACACCGACAAUGACUGCGAAAAACUAGACAUGACGGCGGCGACACUGAGGGCGUGCCGACC